AUGGAGAAAGUCGCGCCCGAGUUCACUCUCGAAGCCUUUGCCGAUCCCGCCUCCGUGCGCGACGUCGUCCGCGGCAUCCUCCACACCAUCUUCUUCCUGCGCUACUUCGUCUCCCACGAACCCAAGACGCGCGACGUGUGCGGCCUCGAACUGGCCUACAUUCCCGACGCCGAGAUCGAGACGCUCAUUGACCAGCGGGUCGCCACGCUCGUGCGCCAGCUCGAGGUUGACCGCAACCAGUCUUCCUCGUCACAACAUCCUUAUGGCGGCGGUGGCCCCGGGUAUAGCGGAGGCGGUGGAGGUCGCGGGCAGAUAACAGUGCAGUUCUUUGAGAAGAAGCGCAGGAAGACGUGGUACGGUAUGGGGAGGGGCGACGACGAGGUAUGUUGGGAGAACUGGACGGUCAAGGUGACGGUCGCUGAGCCGAGGACGGAGUCAGUUCGCAACGCAAUGGAAUCCACCCUCCAAUCAACCGUUUUCAAAUGCAUCACCAUCGCAAACACCCACAAGGACCACAUCCCGCCCAUCACCACCAACGAUUCCAAUCCCUUCACCUACCAGAUCAACGUCAACCCACACCACGGCCUCCACCUCACCUCCCAGCAACACCUUCAGAGCGCCAGCAAGGAAGCAGCAGCACGAAGCGAUUUUGGAAGCUCAGGAAACGGUGGCAAUAGCGGAACUGGCGGAAGCGGACGAGGGGCAGGGAGGGGAGGAGCAGGCGGGCUAGCAGGUGCCGCGGGCGGUGCGGCAGCGGCUGUGGUUGGCUCGUGGGCCACCAGGAUGGGUAUUUACUAG